AUGAUGAAGCUUUCACGCCCCGUGCACGCGACGAUCCUAACGCUGCUCCUGCUCGCUUGCCACCGUUUCCAGCUCUCCGACUGCGCCAAACCAUCGUCGUGGACUCCGAGGGAGAAAAAAGCCGCGGUGUUUCCCUCUGCUCACCGCCAUGACGCUGAGGACGACGCGCACCUGCCCAGCAUGGAGCGGCCGAUGGUUGGCGACGUCGUCGAGAAGACCAACGACGCUGCUGCCCGCGCGGCACCGUCGUCCGAUGCGACGACACCUGUGCAGCAGGGCAAGGAGGAGGAAGGCGUUGGGUCGGGGCCGUGGCAGCAGCAGAGGACCGGAGCGCUCCGGCGGGCUGCGCUGCUGCUGCUGCGCUCGAGGUUGCCGAGGCGGUUUCUUGCAGCUGCAUCAGGAGUGGAGUCAGGCACGGACGGAGCCGGGCUGUCGUGCCACUCCUACAACCCGAAAAUACACUGCCCACCGCCACCGGCGGGAAAGCCCUAG